AUGAAGAGCCUCGGAAGGGGCUUUCAGAGUCUUGCGCAAUAUCCGCCACAAGCACUCAAGCUCUACACUUCAAUAACGCCUCGAUCUGCGAGAUCGGGGGCCGAGCCGUCAGCAGCGCCACCGCCAUACUCGGAUUCAGCUGACGGGUCAAGGGACCGACUCCCACCCUAUAGGGCGUCGCACAGUUUCGCCAGCGGCCAAGAGGAACUAGCUGCAUUGAGAGAAUUCGCAGAGUCCAAGUUGUACGUCGAACCCGGCACCAAUGGCACGCUUCCUGAUAUCCGGAGUGGUAUGGGGAUGAGAAGUUUGUCUGUGGGUGGGCCGACGCAGCAGGAUAGUGCCUACGCUGGACUGACUCCAGAGACGGACGAGGAGAGAAAGCGAAGAAUAGCAGAAGAGAAGGCGAAAAAGAAGGCCGAGCAUCACCGGACGCAUAGCUUCACCGAGAGACUGGCGAGAGUCAUUAGCGGAGGUAGCAAAGACGGCGCUUCCGGCUCGACCAAGUGA